ACACUCGCUCGCCGCCGCCGUCGUUGCCGUCGUUGCCGUCGUUGCCCGCCUCAGUGUUUUUCGUUCGUCCACUCGAAUCGGCGGCGUUCAUCUCCACCGAAUAUCUGCAUCGGAAGGAAUUCGAGGAUUUUCGAGCCCGAAACUCGUCUGUGCGUCUGUGCGUCCUCUCAGAGAGAGGAGGAGGAGGAGGAGGAGGUGGAGGUGGAGGAGGAGGUGGAGGAGGAGGAGGGUGGAGGAGGAGGAAUAGACGCAUAAGUGCUAAGUGUGUGUGCCAAAUAGGAUUAUAAGAGAGAAGAAAGGCGGAGAGGAAGAGAGAGAGGAAAAAAGGAUAGAGAAGGAAGGAAAAAGGGAGGAGACGCUCGCACGAUGGAGAGAACGUUGCGGAAGUCAAGCCUGUUGAUCUUAUUGCUGAGUCUGCUGUUAGCCAGGGCGAGGUGCGAGGCCCCGCUGGUGGACAGCAGCGCCCUCCCGCUGGAGCACAGGUCGGUGUACGGGGCGGGCGGGCCGCAGUACGGGGCGGCGGGGGGCGCGCACGGCGCGGAGGAGAACUGGCCGCUCGCCUCCCCCGACACCCCGCAGAUCAAGCAUCUUCAGGUGCAGUGCGAGAAGACGCACAUGCGGGUGAACAUCGAGUUCGACAGGCCGUUCUACGGGAUGAUCUUCAGCAAGGGCUUCUACUCGGAUCCCCACUGCGUCCAUUUGAAGCCUGGCACCGGCCACCUGAGCGCCACCUUCGAGAUAUUCCUCAACUCGUGCGGGAUGAGCUCCUCGGCGAAUCACAAUGUGGCCGCUUACGGCGCCCCCACCCCGUCCGGCAGUUACGUCGAGAACACAAUCAUCGUCCAGUACGAUCCGUACGUGCAAGAAGUGUGGGACCAGGCGAGGAAACUGAGAUGCACAUGGUACGACUUCUACGAGAAGGCGGUCACGUUCAGGCCGUUCCAGGUCGACAUGCUGCACGCGGUCACCGCCAACUUCCUCGGCGACAACUUGCAAUGCUGGAUGCAGAUACAGGUGGGCAAGGGGCCGUGGGCGAGCGAGGUGUCGGGCAUUGUGAAGAUAGGCCAGACCAUGACCAUGGUGUUGGCCAUCAAAGACGACGAGAACAAGUUCGACAUGCUGGUCAGGAAUUGCGUCGCCCACGACGGGAAGAGGGCGCCCAUCCAACUUGUCGACCAGUACGGCUGCGUUGUCAGGCCUAAGAUCAUGUCCAGGUUCCAGAAGAUAAAGAACUUCGGCCCUAGCGCCUCUGUCGUCAGCUUCGCCUACUUCCAAGCCUUCAAAUUCCCCGACAGCAUGAACGUCCACUUCCAGUGCGUGAUACAGGUGUGCCGUUACAACUGUCCCGAGCCCAAGUGCGGCCACCCGGGCCUCGAGUACGGGGCGCCCGCGGCGGCGGGCCUCGCCCACGAGUACGGGGCCCCGCCCGUCCACCAGGGCCUGGGCCCGGAAUACGGGGCCCCGCCCGUCCCCGAAUACGGCGUGCCACCCGCGUUCGCCGAUCCCCGCCAUCCCAGCGGCCCGGCAGGAGCGUACAGCGAGCAGAACGCGGACGUGGUGCCGGCGCCGCAGGCGCAGACGUCGUCCUCGUCGCCGAGCUCGACGCCGGGCGACGCGACAGCGAGCAGCCCCCCCCGCGACAGCCCGCAGCAGGACAGCAUCCAUCUUCCGCCGCCGCCCCUCCCCGGCCACCCGGCGGCCGCCUACCAGACCGUGAAGAGGAAGGGGAGCGCGGGGUCCGAGGAGCUGGAGGGUAACCUGGCCACGCUGGGCGGUCGGCCCAGGUCGGUCGAGGGUUUCCCAGCCGAGCUGAGGGGAGCCAGAAGGCGAAGAUACGUGGACGACGAUCCCAUGGAUCGGACGAUCGUGAGCCUGGUGAAGGUUGGCCGAGUGUACAAGAGGGCCGCCCAAGAGAUGACCGACGUGAACACGUCGAGGACGAUCCAAGUGGUGGCGCCGGGCGACGUCAACUUCGCCCUGGGGACGACCAACUCGAGCAACGACACCACGGUCGUCAUACAGAACGCGGCCGCGUCCACCGAUCCGGAGACGAUCUGCAUGAGCUUACCGGGCUUCGUAGGUGGCCUGGUCAUGCUGCUACUCGUCGUUGUGGUCGCCUCCCUGGUGGCGGCCUUCCUCUUCGUCAGGGUGCGGGCCGUCGAUCGGAAGAACAUGGUGGCGGGGGGAGGUUUCGUCCACCCGGCGUACGCGGCCGAGAACUGCCCCGUCUCCAACCCCGAGUUCGUCAAGGCGGCCAACUGAGAGAUCGUCGCCGUCGGGAUACGUUACAUGGACAUUUCGAUAGGAUCUCGGGACACCUAUGCUGUAUAUGUAUAUAUAUAUAUGUAUAUAUACACAUAUAUACAUAUAUAUAUACAUAUAUAUACGUACGAUGGAAAUAAUUACAGAGCCGAGUUACCCGACACGAAAACGUUCUCUCCGUUUCUUCUUCCCUUCCUCCUCUUUCUUCUCGAAUUUCCCACUUUCCUUCUUUCUCCCCUCCACUCACUUCCUCUUCUUGAAAAACGGAUGGAACGAAACGGGUAAAAAGAAACGUGUAAAUAAGCGUUACACUUAGGAAGGAAUCCGUUGUGAAAUUAGAAAAAAGAAAAAAAAAAGAAAAGAUAAGAAUAAAAUUGUCGGCGUGCUCGUAGGCGCGGGGGGAUAAGAUUGAUCGCCUCGGAACAGUCUCGAAGGGCAUUGUAAAUAAGUCGGAAGUGGUAGGACGGCCCUACGCGACCCACAGGAUACGACAUUUGAAUUUCGCGUCCUCGAUUAUUUAUAUACAUAUCUACACACAUA